GCGGCGGUAAGGGGAGAGAGCAGAAGUCCCAGCCUUGCAUCCCUCCAUGGGGCCGCCCAAGCCCCUGAGAGGAUGGCAGCCUGGGCGAUGGAGCCAGCACCGGGGCAUCCUGUGAGCCCAGCACAGGGUGAAGCCUGAGCGCUCGAAUGGCCAACACCACAGUGCUGAACACCUCAGAAGUCGCCGUCUCGGCAGGGUUGAUCCUGGCGGCUGUCGUGGAGGCAGCAGCACUGCUGGGCAACGGCGCGCUGCUGGUCGUGGUGCUGCGCACCCCAGGACUGCGUGACACGCUCUACCUGGUGCACCUGUGCGUCGUGGACCUGCUGGCGGCCGCCUCCAUCAUGCCGCUGGGCCUACUGGCCGCGCCACCGCCCGGGCUGGGACGCGUGCGCCUGGGCCCCGCGCCGUGCCGCGCCGCGCGCUUCCUCUCGGCGGCGCUGCUCCCCGCCUGCACGCUCGGGGUGGCCGCGCUCGGUCUGGCGCGCUACCGCCUCAUAGUGCACCCGCUGCGGCCGGGCGCGCGGCCUCCGCCGGGCCUGGUGCUCACGGCCGUGUGGGCCGCCGCGGGGCUGCUGGGCGCGCUCUCCUUGCUCGGGCCGCCGCCCGCGCCACCCCCGGCUCCACCGCGCUGCUCCGUCCUGGCCGGUGGCCUCGGGCCCUUCCGGCCGCUCUGGGCGCUGCUGGCCUUCGCGCUACCGGCCCUCCUGCUGCUCGGCGCCUACGGCGGCAUCUUCCUCGUGGCCCGCCGUGCGGCCCUGCGGCCCCCGCGGCCCGCGCGCGGCUCCCGGCCGCGCUCCGACUCUCUGGAUAGCCGCCUCUCCAUCUUGCCACCCCUCCGGCCUCGCCUGCCUGGGGGCAAAGCAGCCCUGGCCCCAGCCCUGGCCGUGGGCCAGUUCGCAGCCUGCUGGCUGCCCUAUGGCUGUGCGUGCCUGGCGCCCGCUGAGCAAGCCGCAGUGGCUGAGGCGCCCGUCACCUGGGUGGCCUACUCGGCCUUCGCGGUUCACCCCUUCCUGUAUGGCCUGCUACAGCGCCCCGUACGCCGGGCACUGGGCCGCCUUGCCCGCCGGGCUCUGCCCCAGCCCCCGCGGACCUGUACUCUCCGGGCCUGGCACCUGCCGACAUUUCUGCAGCACCUCCAGGGACCUUCAUUGCGCCCUGCCCUAGGCCCUCCUGGGGCACCAGAACAAGCCCCAGAUUUGCCAGAAGGGGAGAACCUGAGCACGACAGGGGCCACCUGAGAGGAGAUCUGUCUCCCAUACUGAGCUGGCACUGGAGAAAGAUGGUGGUGUCAGAAGGAGGCCCAUCCAAACUCCUGCACAGUUCCAGGCAGGUGCCCUGCCUGGAUUUCUGGCUCUGGAACAGGAGAAAGAGGGCCUGCAGCCUGGUGAGGCCAAGAGGCUUCUGGGAGCUAGGA